AUGAGGGAGGACUCAAUUCUUGCUGAAACUGGCCUGAAAUGCUUGCAGAGGAAUGAGAGUAAGCAGUCAUAUGAAGAUUGCAAUCAGACAACGGGAGUCAGCAGUGGCUUCUUCAGGACAUGCGCCUCCAAGUUACCGAGUACCAGGUCCGCCAUCGCUUGGCGAGUCUCAUGCGUCCCGCUCCCCACAUGGGGCACCAGGACGACAUUGUCGAGCGUAAAGAGCGCCUCCGGGACGUUGGGCUCAUCCUCAAACACGUCGAGGCCUGCCCCGCCGAGGCGCCCCUCGACGAGCGCAGAGACAAGCUCAGGCUCAUCGACAUGAGGGCCACGUCCGAUGUUUAUGAGCACCCUUGGGACCCAGCGCAUCGAUCACCUCACGGUUGACAAUGUGGCGUGUCUGUUCAUUCAGUGGGCAAGCCACCACGAGGACAUCGCUGUUUGCUGCCAAUUCAACCACACUAGGGUAAUAGGUGUAAUUGUGGUAUUCUUUCUUUGUUCUCUGGUAGUAGUUGACUGGGCAAUCAAAGGCCUCCACCCUUGUGGCAAUAGCAAGCCCUAUCCUGCCCAGCCCAAUGAUGCCCACUCUUUUCCCACUGAACUGCAAAAGUACAUACAAAUAACUAUGAGAAAUUAA